CAUCAUCAUCGUUUGGUUAGUCGCCCGUAGCACUCCACCGAUGGAAUGUCAAAGCCAAUGGGGUAACAAGACUACCACUAUUUGCUUUGCGCACGCAAUGACCGUGCACAAGCAAUGACGAUCUGUGCGGGAGCGGAAAAAAUGGGGAGCUUUUGAUCCUGGAGGUUCUAUAGGAACGUGGCUCAUUCUACUUCCUUUCGUCCCCCCUCUUUCGCAAUCGAAGAUCUCCUUGGCCAUGUCGCCGCCCGUGACUUCGACGCAGGGUGUCCUGUCGACGAGCCUGCUUCUGUGCCUUUGCCUGCUGACCGCACCUUUGUCGGCGAUCGCCGUGGCGUUGGCGACCUUGCGUACCACUUUGAAAGAAAGGGAGGCGGAGGAGAACAGAAGUCUCAUCGGUGACCAGCGCGGGAGGAGGACGGCCCUCGUCAAUGGCGGCCGAAUGCAGAAGUCGCUCUUCGUAGCCCGCGCCCUUUCCAAGCGUGGUUUCCGAGUAGUGCUCGUCGAAGAGCGAGGUUGGGGCGAGGCCUGCUCUGCCCGCUUUUCCAAUGCCGUCUCCACCUUCAGGACGGUGCCUAGCGGUGGAGGUCGGUCGUACGUUACCGCGCUCGUGCAAGUGGCCCUCGAAGAAGACAUCUGCCUUUUUGUCCCCUGCAGCGGUGCAGGCACGACGGUCGAGGACGCUCAGGCGGGCGAAAGGAUGCGCAGAGAGCUGGGUGUCCUUGCCAUCAUACAGGACACCGAAUUGGUGCAGACGCUGCAUGAAAAAGAUUUGUUCAUCGCCCUUGCAAGGCGACUCGGUUUCGACACGCCUGCUUCGACGCUUGUGCGUUCACCCGAAGAAGCAAUUGAGCUCCUCAGACAACCGGGCCAACUACCGAUGCUCCUCAAGGCCGCAAACGUCCUCGACGAUGUCGGGCGAUCCGACAUGACAACCUAUCCGCUCUGCGAUGCAUCUGGAAAAGUCGAUUGGGACCUCACGGAGAAGAAGCUGAGGACAGGCCUAUUCAUUCCUUUGACGGAAAAAAGCCCGUACGUUGCACAGGAAUUCAUCGGCGGGGAGGGCGCCUCGGAGUGGUGCACGCACGCAACCGUCAUCGAGGGAAAGAUUCGCGCCUUCGUUUGUUGCCCCAGUAACGACAUGCUCAUGACCUACGUCGACAUGACCGAGAGUCCUAUCGGUCGAAGAGCGCUCCGGUGGACACAAGACUUCAUCGAAAAGCUCGACUCAUUCAAGCCGACGGGACACUUUUCUUUCGACUUCAUUCACCAGCCCGAGACUGACCGUCUUGUAGUGCUCGAGUGUAACCCACGGGUGCAUACGGCAAUAUGCCUCCUUUCGGACUUGGCUGACGAGCUGGGGAGCAUCCUUGGCGCCAUUGAUGCAAAUGCCGACAUGAUCAUACCUGCUCAGAACGUCGCCACGAUAAGCUGGAUCGGCCACGAUGCUGUUGCGCGGCUGGCACCCUCCUUCCUUACCGCAAAAUUACGCCACCUGAUUCACCCGCUAUGGAUCUGCUCUUCCUCCCUAUCAUCCCCUCCUCUGUCCCAGCUCAUCCAUCAACCUGGCCGAGUCGAUGCUGCUUGGGAUUGGUCAGACCCCUUUCCCUUUUUCGCACUCUACCACAUUCAAUGGCCUCACCUCCUCUUACGACAGCUCCUCAUUCGACAAAGGGCAUGGUCUAGGAUCAACCUCAGCACAGCGAGAAUCUUUGAGGCUUCGUCCUGAAGAUAUUUGGCUUCAACGCAAAUAGAUACUCGAUCAUCUCCUGUCUUUGUACAUCAGAAGUACUCAAACCCUGACUCUCACACGCGCUUCACCAUAUCAAUCUCAUAGAGAACGUGCAGGA